GUCCCGUCCCGUCCCGUCCCGCCCGGUCCCGCCGGGCAGCCGAAGCCGCUCGCCGGGGGAUGCCCCGGGGCUGAACGGGCUCCGGGGCUCCAUGGGCUGCACCGGCAGCGCCCUGCGCUGCUGCCCCGCCGGCGGCAAGAGACAGCUAAAAGCCCAGCAGCAGCGGGGACCGGCUUCCCAGGAGCUCACGGCCUUGAAGACAGAGAACGCCAAUGCCACCCUGUUGCCCGAGGAUGGGAAGGAGAAGGCAGCUCUGCGAGAGGAGCGGACGGAGAGCGCGAGAGUCCUCCAAGGCCAGGAGGAGGAGGAGGAGGAGGAGGAGGAGCGGCUGCGGGAUGCCGGCCGGGCAGGGACUGCCAGAAUCGCCCAGGACGUUAACAUCCAGGUGGAAAAGGGAAAAGACCUGGAGCUGGAGGAGCAGUUUGAUGCCCUGAGGAGAGAGCACAUGGAGACCCUGCAAGAGCUCCAGAGAGCGCAUGAGCAGGAGAAGCUGCUGCUGGCAGAGUCCCACCACAGGUCCCAGGCGGCCUUACAGGAGACAAUUCAGGCACUGAAUUCCCAGCUGAAGUCCUUCCAGGAGAGGAUGAAGCGGGUGGAGGAGUCGCUCUUGAGCACAGACUACAAGAAGCACAUCCAGGAGCAUGGGAGCCCCAGCCCCUUCUGGGAGCAGGAGCUGGAGAGCCUGCACUUUGUCAUCGAGAUGAAGAACGAGCACAUCCACGGCCUGGACAAGAAGCUGCUGAACCUGGAGACCGUGGUGGAGAAGAACCUACUGCUGGAAGAGAAGGUGAAGACUCUCCAGCAGGAGAACGAGGACCUGCAAGUUCGCACCCAGAACCACUUGGUCAUGGCGAGGCAGCUCUCAGAGGAGCUCCUGGCCGCCCGCGGGGCGCUGGAGAAGGAGUCGCAGCUGCGGGACCAGGCUCGCCGCGAGAAGGAGGAGCUGCUCUACCGGGUGCUUAAUGGGGGGGACGGGUCCCCCUUCCCCAUCGCUGCCGGCGAGGUGUCCCUCAUCGCCACGUAGCACGUCGCCGACCGGCACUGCGCGCUGCCGGGGGGGCUGUCGGGGCUUUCCUCCGGGUGCAUGAGCCCAGGGCUGCUCUCACGAGUGCCCCCGCUGCUGGGACAGGGCCCCGGGGUGGCCGAGCCCUCAGGGUGGCCCCGUCCAACCGGGGCGAUGGAGCAUUUCACAGGACACUUGCGCCUGCCUUUCCCCGGCCCAUGUGGGGCUGCAGGGGAACCCUAGCCACCCCCCCGCCCAUGCCAUCCCUGCACCCCUUCCUCUCCUGAGAGGCCUUCGGGGGUGUUCUGGGGGUAAAAGGGGUUGGCCAGGACACACAGACAUGCAUUGGGCUGGAUCCCACCCAGCGCUUGGCUCUGAGCAUAAGCAGCAUCAGUGCUGCCCAGGGGCAUGGAGGCCAGGAACACAAGGUGGUCACAAGGACAAGCACCGGGGGGAUGAGGAGGGCGCUGGGGACACGGUGGUGUUAAGGUACCUUGCUCCCUGGGGAGCAUCCCUAGGAAGUGCAUGGCCAAGGACAGGGCUAAGCCACGGAGGCUUUCACAGGGCAGGAGGGACGGGCGCAGACGGGUAAAUCCACCACCUCUGGCGCUGUCCCUGCCAAUGAUCACGUCAGCCUGUCCCAUUUUGGGGCUCGCCCUCCUCCUUAGGCUGCUCUGAGCGGAUGCCACUGACUCCUGCCAUUUCAAGGGAAAGCAGGGCUUCCCCUGCCCAGGACCUGCCUUUGCUCUCUGGGGAAGGGGCGCCAGGCAGGGCUCCCACCCAAUGCCCUCCUCUCCCCAUCGUCUCCUCCUUCUUCAGCAAACGGCUCCCAGGGAUUGCUCCUGCAGCCCAGGCGUGCCCCUGCUCACUGCCACAUGGACACCAAGCCCUCCUCGUCCCCGCUGCCCAUCAGCGGCACCAGCAGCUCCAUCCUCUCCCCCAAAGCCGGGCAGAGGCUGCAUGCCCGGAGGUGCACGUUCAGGGAGCAGAGCAUCCCCCCCAAGGGGGAGCGGGCUGCCAGCAGGUCACAUCCCUCCCUGCUCCCAGCCAGCACAUCCCCCUGGGGGAAGAUGCUGCCAACACGGCUGCGGGUCAGGGCUGGAUGCACACAAGCACUUUCCACUGGGUGCACGAGUGUGGUGGGACAGUCACUGCCCCGGGGGCUGGCACUGGCCUGUCCCCUCCCCAGGGCUGUUAGCCGGGGUGUGUAUGUGUGUGUGUGUGCGCGCACCAGGCCAACUGGCUGUAACAAUUACAAGCCUGUAAGGAGCAGCAGCCUCAAGAAUUCCUUGUCAGUGGUUUGAGGGACAUCUCACAGCAGGGCCACACGCUCCACACCUAGGGCAGAGGGAGGACGCGGAGGGGUGGGAGCAGGCACCACAAAGCCACAACAAGGGAGCUCCGCUGCCCGUCCCCCUUUUCCUGCUCCUUCCCUCGUUUCACUCAUUUCAAUGGGCUCCCAGCACAGGCAGGGCCACCGCAGCAGCCGCUUCCGUCCUUUGUGCUGAUCCUUGUCGGGAAAACAUCAGCUGAACAAGGUGGCCAGGAAGGCAACAGAGAGGCAGGGUCCAGCUCCCACCCAAGCACCUCCAUGGGGUGCCCAAUGGGUCAGACCAGUGUCCUCCCAGAGCACCCACUGCUCCAUGCAUCCCCACGGCUCUGGGAAGGGGUGAUGGGGCAGCCUCCGGCUUUGCACAGCAACCUCAGGGAUGUGGGGAGCGGGGGGACAACGACAUGCCAAGUGCUGUAGCAGCAAAGCAGGGAUCACAGGGCAGGUUUCUACCCCAGUAACUCCUGUCUAGCCAUAGUUGAAGGGAACAGGAUGGCUGGGCAAAGGGAGAUGAGGCUGGCAGGGUCGGGCAUCCCGUUCUGGGCACCUGGCACUGCAUCCCACACACCCCCUCCCCACAAAGGCAGAUCCUGCGUGGGACCUGGAGGAAUGCGCCCAGCCCUUGGACAGAGGAGGAGGGCUGGGAACCGAGGAGGAGGAAUAAACGAGUCCAGAAAAAAAAAAACAACUUGCCCACAGUAAGGAGGAAAAAGCCUGGCACAGGCAGUGCCUUGGGGGUCACAGGGGGACAAGGCAGAUGAGCCCUGCCCACCUCAGGGUGCCGAGGCAGCG